AUGUACAAACGUACGCGGAUGCUGUGUUCGAUGCUGGUGGGUCAAUGCAAAACGCCUAAAGCUCGCAACAGUCAACGUGAUGGAAAAUAUCGAAGCCAGAAAUCCGUUUACAACGGGCACAAACGCAAACAUGCUCUAAGAUACCAGACACUAUCAACUCCUGACGGGCUCAUUACCCAUGUGUAUGGACCUUUUCCUGGGCGAAACCAUGAAAUUAAGUUGUUCAAGGACUCGCGAAUUGCUAACGUCAUUCGCGGUGAUGCUCGGUUCAAGCCCUAUCGCAUCUACGGUGACCAAGCGUAUGGGAACGAUUCUGUGCUUUCGAGCCCAUUCACAGGGGCUGUGGCGAACCUUUCGCGAGAACAAAAGUUAGUCAACAAGAGCAUGAGUAAGGUGCGCGUGUCUGUUGAAUGGGGAUACGGACAAGUUGUCAAUUAUUGGACUGCACUGGACUUGAAACGACAAGCCCGCUCGGGUACCCAGCCUGUUGGAUCGAUGUACCGCGUGGCGAUUUUGCUAACUAAUUGUUUGACUUGCGCCAAUGGAGGCAAUACGAUCAGUGACUACUUCAGGCUUCCACCACCAAGUCUUGAGGAGUACUUGAAAGGCAGUUAA